AUGGUAGACAUCGCCGAGCUGUCCGUUUGUCAGGCCACUGACCUGAUUCUCGAGCUUGGGCAGCCAUGGUGGUCGAGCUGUCCUGAUGAGAUUCCUGGCUUCUCCGGAGACGAGGGACGAGUAAUGCAAGUCCACGGGCAAUAUUCUGUCAGUAUCCUGUUCUUCGGUCCGGCCCUGUUCGCUCAACCUGGACGGUGGGGAGAACGGUGGGGAGAACGUUGGGAGAGGGUUCUUCAUUCGCUGUCCGUCGUUCGCUCUCUGCAUGGCAAAAUGAGCACAUACCCUCACAGGCAGUCGAUCUAUGAGAUAUACAAUGGCGAGGAAUACGUGAGCAUGCUCCCCCCAAUGACUAGCGAAGAAGAUCUCCUGCAAGAUGACUUUAUGAACUCCCCCGGUAGUUCCCCUAUUUCUCCAUCGGGCCGCAGACUAGAGUCCUAUGAUCUUGAUCGACGAGGCAGGAAACAAAAUCCCGUCCUUCGGGUCGUCUCACUUCUCGUACAGAAUGUACGACGGCACCUCAGAAAAUUGGGGGGCUCGUGGAAGGGCACUCGGACGUCAUGA